CUCAGUCCCACUAUCUUUCCACAAAAAACCCACCGACAAAACAAAUACCGCAUAGAAUAUGGUGGGACGACGGAAUGACGACUAUUCCGGUACUAGGCCGCAGCGGCCUUGGUUGCUUCUAGUAGUUUUCAUGGCCUUUUCUGGUUGUGUUAGCUCCAACAAGGUUUCGCAGGUUGCCACCCUGUGCGAGAAUACUAGAUAUCCGAGGUUGUGCGUUGACUCCUUGUCCGGGUUGACCGGCGGCGGCGAUGUCCAUUCCGCGGCGGCUGCGCUUCUCAACCAGACGAUCUACCAGGCCGACCUCCCCUUUUUUGAGUUUGACAAAUUUAGCUCCCACUUCGUUUCUUCACAUCCAAAACCCACCCUACGGGCAAUAGGUUUUUGUAAUGAAAUGAUGGAAAUGAGUCGACAACGACUAAAUCAAGCCAUGACGGAUCUAAAAGAGUCACCGGAGAAGCAGAAGCAGGACAUCCAAACAUGGCUGAGCGCCGUCGUGACAUUCCAACAAGCUUGCAAGGACUCCGUCGACACUUCCGCUCUUUCUUCUUCUUCUUCAUCUAAUACGAAAGAGCUAUUAGCUACGAUUUCCCACACCGUAAGUUUUCACUCCCAACUAGCCAGUAACGCAUUAUCACUGGUCAACCGCAUGACGGAAGAUGUCGGCGGCGGAAUCUCCGGCAGGGGUAUAUCCGGUCGCCAGAGGAAAUUACUGCAAUCGGCGUCGGACAGGAGCAAAGCCGACGUCGUCGUCGCGAAAGACGGGACCGGGAACUACAAAACGGUGUCGGAGGCCGUUCAGUCUGUUCCUGGAGGCCGACGGUUUGUGAUUUACGUGAAGUCGGGAGUUUAUAAGGAAAACAUUCACAUCAGUAAAGACGGCGUCACGUUGAUCGGAGAUGGGAAGUAUUCUACCAUCAUCACCGGAGAUAGUAGCGUCGGCGGCGGCUCUUCUUUGCAAGGCUCUGCAACUUUCGUAAUCACCGGCGAUGGAUUCGUCGCUAAAGAUAUUGGAUUCGAAAACGCAGCGGGACCGGAAGCUCAACAAGCCGUGGCUUUAUUGGUAGCUUCGGACCGCUCCGUUUUCUACAGAUGCAGCAUUUCGGGUUACCAAGACACGCUCUACGCCUUUUCCUUCCGCCAGUUCUACAGAGAGUGCGACAUCUCCGGCACCGUUGACUUCAUCUUCGGCAAUGCGGCAGCGGUUUUUCAAGCCUGCAAUCUCGUCCUCCGCCGUCCCGCUAGCUCCCAAUCCUACAACGUCAUCCUCGCUAAUGGGAGGUCAGAUCCGGGCCAGAGCACCGGGUUCUCGGUUCAAAAUUGUAAGAUUACUGUAGGGUCCGAUUUCUCUUCUGUGAAGAAUACAUACCUGGGGCGGGCCUGGAGGGAGUACUCAAGGGCGGUGGUGAUCGAAUCGGAUAUAGGCGGAGCGAUAUCUGAGAGAGGGUGGAUCGAGUGGCCCGGAUCUUCGUCAUCCUCCCUCGGGAAGCUCUAUUUUGGGGAAUAUGCGAAUGUCGGUGCUCGGGCCGGGUUGGGUGGAAGGGUGAAUUGGCCCGGUUUCCAUUCCAUGGCGAGAGAGGAAGCCGAUAAAUUUACAGUGGAGAAGUUCAUCAUCGGCAACUCGUGGCUGCCUUCCACUGGAGUCUCUUUCGUGUCUGGCUUGUAAUUACUUACUCAAUGAAUUCUUCGGAAUUUGUCUCUUUUGGAUUAGAAAAAUGUUAGACGUGUAGUAAGAAUUGGUAAAUUAUACGGAGUACAAUCAUACGUUUCGACUUUAAUCCAAACAACCUUGCUAGUAUCCCAAUUAAUACCCCAAUUUGUACCUAACCCUAUUUUUGUGGCUCACAAAAGCACCUCAUUAAAGUGGAGCAAUUCAUUUAUUGAUGUGGGCUUUUGUGAGCCACAAAAAUGGGUUGAGGUACAAAUUGGGAUACCGAUAGCAAGAUUGUUUGGAUUAAAGUCGAAACAACCUUACUACACGUAAGGUUAAAAAGAUGAAAAAUAAAAGUGCUACUUUGAUUAGAGGUUAAAUAUUACUCUCUCCGUUCCUUAAAACUUUGUCAUCUUUCAUUUUAAUCAAUUAUUUUGUGGUUUCUCUUAUUUCUCUCUCCUCUACACAAAGCUGA